GUCCGAUCCAAGCAAGAAUUCGGCUUUACAAGUCUAUUCAUAAUCGUGAGAAUGGCUCGAUGGAGCAGAACCGCAGCAGGCUCGCUCUCCCACCCCCCAAGACAACAAUGCAUUUUCAGCAGACAACUCCCACCGCUCGACGCGUGACGCUGGAGGUCAUGUUGUUCGCUCGUCGCAUUUCACACAAAAGCCCCAUCUGUCUAUCACGACGCCAAAAAGUAAAACCCAAAACAAAGCGUGGUGACCACUAGGAUGAGUUUACUUCCCAUCAUGCGCUGGGUCAUUUGACUGGAUUUUCGCUACUUUCAUUCAAAAGACUUUUUUUCUUUAUUCAAAAUCCACCUCAAUUACACUUUCGCUCUACUUACUAGCAAAAGCGACUACUUUUAAAUCCCGAAUAUCCAUUUUACAAACGUUUUCCGAACAUGAAACGUAAAUGGCGAAUACUCUUUAGGUGGCAGUGAACGCAACGCACGUUGAAUUGAACGAACGGGAAGCUCUUCCAGGUCUUUGAACUGACGUCAGCGCCCCGGUGACAUCAUUAAAACCUGUUCCUUCCGUCCGACGCUGUGUGGAGCUGCUUCGGCCGAACGUGCAGACAAAAGCGACCGCGGUCCGGAUCCAUCAAAUGUACCGGACUGAUCCGCUUAUGGGCCGAAACGACGUGAAGGCACUUUACAGUUGUGUGCGGAGAGGUGGAACUAUUUAGGUCGUAAAUGGAGAGGGACAAGCUGGCAUCUUGUGACCUUGGACAGCAGUACAAACGUAACAACACCUGCAUGAGAUCCGCCCAGCCUAUGACAAAAAACGAUUCUAUUUGACAAGGCGGAGCUGAUGAACACAAUGAACGGAGAUGAAGCGGGCGAGGGUUCUCUUAACAGCUCCGCGGAAAAGAAGCGAGAGGCGAAAGGGACCUGCCUGAAAAUCGAGGGUCAAGACGGAUACGUCUUUAAAUCUUACAGUAUGAAACCGCACGAGACUGCGGAUGCCAAAUCGUCUUGUUCGUCAAAAACACUGGAAAGCCAUCUUUCUUCUCAGGGCGACAAACAGUCGGACGCAGCGUCUCCGGCGCUUUUCGAAAACGAUCCGAACCAGCACAUCGAAGACGAAAGUCGGGAUACGAACGAUUUAGAGGAUGAAACGCAAGAUUUUGAAAGACUAGCAUUCGGGAGCUCGUUCGGCCCGUUCUUGAGUCGGGACGGCGACGACUAUAGCAAUUUAUUAAACGGCUAUACCAGCACUCUUUACGACGUGGCCAUGGACGCCGUCACGCAGAGCCUUUUGGCGUCGAUGCGAAAUCAAAGCAACCCCAGGAAAAAAUCUCCCGCGUGGAAUCAUUUCUGCAUAUCACCCAGAGACAAUACCAAAGCCAUCUGUUUAUACUGCAUGAAAGAGUUCAGCCGAGGUAAAAACGAGAAAGAUCUCAGCACGAGUUGUCUGAUGAGGCACGUACGAAGGGCUCACCCGACGAUGCUUUUCCAAGAAGGCGCGGAUGCGCCGACGCCGAGUACUUUAGCUUCCUCCUCGAUCAGUCCGAAUUCGCCAAAAAACGGAGAGUUAAUCUAUCCCGGCUCGAAAACCACUUCCCCGUCCACAUCCUCUGCGGAAAAUUCCGACCCUUCGUCCAAAGAACCGUUGUCCAAAGUCGAACCAAAACUGGAAGCGUUCGCUAAUACCGACUCCAUCUACGACGCGCUGGAAUCUUCGCAUUCCAACCUUGAAGAGAUCUCCGAUGGAGGUCCCGAUCGCUUUCGCGGCAACUCUAAAAGCUCCAGUUCCCGCCGCAGAUCGGCCGUUUGGAAACACUUCUACCUUUCGCCGAUGGACAAUUCCAAAGCUGUUUGCGUCCACUGCAUGAACGAAUUCAGCAGAGGGAAAAACGGGAAAGAUCUCGGGACGAGCUGUCUCAUCCGGCACAUGUGGAGGGCUCAUAAAGAGGUCGUCAUUGAGGAAAACGGACUUGGCAAUCACAUUCCGCCACCUUAUUCCAACCCGCCAUCGCUGUUGUCCCGCGAUCUGCCAUGCCUCAAAAAAGAAUCUCCUCUUCUACCAUCUUCACCAGAAACGAUACCCGACGAAGUACCGCAGACCGUUGCGGAAAACCUGGACAUCAAGGAGGAAACCGACGAAGCCAUGCUUCUGGACUCCUCGCACGGCGAGGACACGCCCUCAACUUCCUCACCGUGCGAUCCCGCCGAAGUUCCCAACCAGAAUCACGUCAUUUUUGAGCAAAACCGAAAGAUCAUGAAACGGGUGAAAUCCGAAGUUUGGCAACAUUUCAUCGUGUCGCCAGUCGACCAGUUAAAAGCACUGUGCCGUUACUGUCCGUGCGUGAUCAGUCGAGGAAAACGGGGAGACUUCGGUACCAGUUGUCUGAUGAGGCACCUCGUGAGGCGCCACCCGGAUGUCCUCCAGAACCAAAAAGUCACAGAUUACAAAGAGCCCUCCCCUCCCUACGUUACUCCGGAAGUCGUUUCCGCCAAAGAAACCCAAAGCCCGGCCGCCAAGAAAACAGUUUUCAGCAAAAAGACGUCCAAACUGUGGAACCACUUCUCAAUUUCUCCCGCCGACCCCACCAAGGUGGUCUGUUUGCACUGUAGUCGCACGAUUAGCCGAGGCAAAAAGACCACGAACCUCGGCACCAGCUGCCUCUUCAGACACAUGCAGAGAUUUCACGGACAAUUUCUCGAAAGCAACAACUCAGGUCAAGCGCCCUCUGCUGGAGUUCGGGUCAAACAAGAACUCGUGUCGGCUUACAAAACUGAGAACCGCCACGGGAGGUUUGACGAACACAAAAAAAUUACCAAACUCAUCGCCGAAAUGCUUGCGCUGGAUCUUCAACCGUCGGCGAUGGUGGAGAACGCCGGAUUGAGUCGACUUCUCGAGUACUUCCAGCCCGAGUAUUGCUUACCGCCUUCUUCUUACUUCACCGGAACUGCAAUUCCGGAGAUGUAUGAAAAGGUGAGGGACGUCGUGCUGACGCAUUUGAAAGAAGCCGAGGGUGGAGUUGUCCAUUUCACCACAAGCAUUUGGGUCAGCAGCCAGACAAAGGAAUACUUGACCCUAACAGCUCACUGGGCGACAUACGAGUCCAACGUCAGACCUCAGGGUCAGGACUUCCACUGUUCGGCUCUUCUCAGCGUCUCCCAAAUAGACUGUGAUCAAAAUAUGCACGACAUCCCCAAGCAGCUGGAGUAUCUCUGGGAUUCUUGGAUCACAUCUCCGGGACUGAAACGAGGGUUCACAGUGACUGAUAACGCCACCAUAAGAAACAACCUGGAAGACCACAGCCAAGUGACUGUGCAAUGUUUCGGCCACACCAUCGACCUCAUUGUUAGCGAAGCCAUAAAAAGCCAGAGGAUGGUUCAGAACCUUCUGAGCAUCGCUCGGAAAAUCUGCGAACGAGUGCACCGUUCGCCCAAAGCUAAGGAGAAGCUGGUGGAACUCCAGAGGGACCACCAGCUUCCAGAAAACCAGCUCAUUCAGGACAUCCCUUCCAAAUGGAGAACUUCCUUCCUCAUGCUGGAGCGGCUGGUGGAGCAAAAGAAAGCCAUUGACGAGCUGUCAAUCGAGUGCAACUUCAGGGAAAUCAUCAGCUGCGACCAGUGGGAAGUGAUGCAGUCCGUCUGCAACGCGCUGAAACCUUUCGAGGUGGCCUACCGGGAAAUCCGCAACCGCACCGCCACCUUGGGUCAAGUCAUCCCGCUCAUUCACAUCCUGAACCGAAAGAUCGACUUGCUCUUCGACGAGACGGUUGGGAUAGACAACAUGCUCAUCUCUCUGAAAGAAGCCACCGUGAGCAGAAUGUCCGCCACGCUCAACGACCCACGUUUCACUUGGUCCACCAUGCUGGACCCUCGCUACAAGACCUCCUUAUUCACCGAGGAAGAAGCGGAACGGUGGAAGCGAGACCUGAUCCAGGAGCUGGACCUGUUCUCCUCUACCUCCACGGAAAAAUCCCCGCUGCCCAACGGCGCCGCUGUUUCAGCCAACGACAACAUCUGGUCUCUCAUGGUGGACUUGAGGCAAAAACAGGAGAAACCAAAGUCCUCCGAACUGGCCGUGCUGGAGUACCUCGAGGAGGAUAUCCUCGAUCAAAGCUGUGACCCACUGGACUACUGGAACUUGAAGAAGUUCCUGUGGCCCGAGCUAGCCAAAGUAGCCGCCCGCUACGUGGGAUGCCCACCUAGCAUCGUCCCGGCCGAGGCGUUGUUCAGCAACUGCGCUCUGAACCAUCCGAGGCCUUCACUGGAAAACUUGGAGGGUCUUCUCUUCCUCAAGGUCAACCUCCCGCUCAUUUUUUUUCAAUACUGAUGAAGCGUUAACUUGAAAACCCCUUUAUUUACUAAGGACCAAGAGAUUUAGCUGUGAAUUAGCGUGUCCCUGGCGCCUGACGCUAGGUCUUUAAUGAUGUAUAGCAACACGAAUACACUGUUUUUCAAUGCUGCAGCCAGUUUAGGGCGGGAAUAAGGGAGGGUUGUAUUGUGUGUACUACUGUUUAAACACUUUAAAAGGUUUUCACAAAAGUCUCAAAAAGAGGCGUAUCAGGGAGGGAGGGGAUUUCUAGCUGUUUGGAUUUGUGUGUUUGCUUUUUAAUAAUUCCGUGCUUUAUAGUUUUUUUUGUUUCUCGACUCUCUCCUUGUGCCUUAUCCGAAUCUACUUCAGGUCAAAACGCUGUAAAUAUCAUAACCCAAAGCGGUUUUCUUAACGGCCCAAAAAUACAACGCUGUGACUGAAAAGAUGUUUUAACUUAAUGUUAUUUAAUUUACAUUGUGAAAUCGUGGCUCAUGGUACUGUCGUUUUGAGAGAUUUUUUUAAUUGUUUGAAGAAGACUGUAAAAUAUUGCUGUAUUUUUCAGGGUUUGGAAGACAUGAUUUGUCUCGUAAGCACAAUUUAGAUUCAUGUUCGUGGGGGUUUAAUUUAUGGGAUGGAGCAAAGAAAAUGUUGUGUACAUUUUAUAUGAAAUUUUGGAUUUGAUUUGAGAAAAUGAUGCGGCCAUUUGUUAAUAAAGGUUUUCCUGACUUAUACAAAGUAUUAACUAAUUUUUUACAUGUAUUUACUGUAACUUUCGCACUAUAAGGCACACCUGACUAUAAGCCGCAACUGUCCUCACUAUACUAUGGGAUAUUUACACCAAAAGAUGUUAACAGGUACCACUUUUAUAGCGGCAUCAUACGACUGUCAUUAGACCAAAUGAACCACCACUUCAAGAAGCUUCAUUUUGCCAUUAUUGCUUCCUUGGGGGAGGCUGUCAACCUCUGCUGCCACAUGUUGUCAACACUUGUUGUCCCAACAUGUCUCCUAGCAUGCACUG